AUGGCGGCCACCAAGAGAAGUCUUGAGGAAGAGAAUACUCAAGCGAAAAAACCUUGUAGCGAUUCAUCUUCUAUCGAAAAUACACAACCCAGUGAUGCUAAUGAAUAUUAUUCAUCGUAUUACCAAGUCUGCGAACACAGAGGCAAUUGGAUGUCACUUUACGAUACUACUUCUGGAUUUUUCUACUACCAAAACACAAAAAACUUACAAACUCAGUGGGAAAAGCCAGCAAAUUGGGACAAUUUACCGCCAGUAUUUAAUCCAUGGAUAAAAAUGAAAUCUUCUGUAAACAAUCAAACGGUAAAACCACCCGAGCCUAAGGAGGAACCAGAAUUUAAAAGUUUAACGAAUAAAGAGUUCGAAGAAAAGCUUGAUAAACUCAUGAAACGACCUGCAAGAAGACAGGUCGAUCCAGGAGARAAGAGCAGACAACAUUGGAUUCCCGAGGGAUCUACAGAGUAYAAUAUAUGGUAUGAUAAAUGGGUUGGAGAGAACUGGCAUCCAGAUGACGGCCCUGCUGAAACUAGAUGUUGUUUGGAAGACGAUGCUGGAUUCACCACAGCUAACAUCAUGGAUCCAAAAAGCAGUAGACACCUUUUCUGUCUGUACUUUGCUAAAGGUUGCUGUCAYCUUGGAAAGGAGUGUAAUUUUCUUCAUUCUAUUCCAACUGAUAAAGACGAAAAAAGGAUUGGUCUCACUGUUGAUUGCUUUGGKCGUGAACGUCACCUAAACCACAAAGAAAACCUAGGWGGGGUGGGGUCCUUUGAGAAGGAUUGUACAACACUUUAUGUUGGUGGYCUUGGAAGUCGCAAAGCUGUUGAAAAAGAACUCUGGGAAGAGUUUGGAGAAUGGGGAGAAAUUGAGGACAUCAGAGUUAUAGCAAAGAAAAAUAUUGCUUUUGUAAGGUUCAAAAACAGACUGAAUGCAGAGUUUGCAAAGAUUGCAAUGGGUGACCAACGGUUGGGUUGUAGGGAUGUACUCAAUGUCAGAUGGGCAAAUGAUGACCCRAAUCCCAGGGCUUACAAAAAGGAUUUAGAAAAUGCUAAAGAAAAGCUAGUCGAAGCAGCUCAUGAGAAAGGAAUUAUCCAAGAACUAGAGUCCAGACCUCAACCAAUAGAAAGUGGUGAUGGAGUGACUGCACCUUACCCCAACACUAAUAGUCAAUAUUCUAACCAUGAAUAUUGGUCAUGGUAUUACAAGAAUUUGGGCUACGACAGCCACAACAACUAUCAACAACAACAACAACAACAACAACUUUAUCAACAAGCACAACAAGCAUAUUCACAACAGCAACAGAGUUUAUAUGCACAGCAGCAACAACAGCAACAGAGUUUAUAUGCACAGCAGCAACAACAGCAACAGCGUUUAUAUGAAGAACAACAAGAGGCGUAUCAAAAACAGCACCAGUCUAUCGAAGAAGCAAAUGAAGACUGUUCUCGCCUGGACAGAAUAUUCAAACAAAUGGAAUCAAAGAGCAACAGCAACGCAGCUUCUUCCUCAGUGAAUACCAUUCAGGAUAAAACACAGCCUGAAACACAAAAUGAACACUCUGUUAGCGAUGCUAAAACAUCUGAUAAUACAUCUUCAAAGGAUCCCUAUAGGAAUUAAUAUUAUAACUCUACUGUAGAUAAACUUACCUUUUGUCUCCGUAGUUCAUGGUAUGUGGUAGAUAGCUUUUCACGAGUGCCUCCAUCUCUCUUGGUCCUGUGCAGCUUUUCUUGUCUGUCUUUGUAUUUACAACUCCCUUCCAUUCUGUCCUUGAACAAAAUAUAGGAAUCAAAUUUCAUUACUCACUUGUCUCAAAUGCUUACUCUCUUAAUGAUAGUCAUUACACAUAACCUACAUGAGUGGAGUAUUUCCUAGUGCCCUUCACAGUCUGUCCCUCCUAAAAGGAGGACAUUUUUAAAGGAAAUUUGACCAAAACAUGAAGUUAUGUCUAUGAGAGAGACUAGGAACACAUGCCCAACAAUAAGUGUUUCAUAUGAGUUAAAGAAUCAUAACCACCCGCCGUACCUUGCGAACUGAAGCGACAUUUUAGGUGGACACGAAAAUGGCGGAUUUGUAGGAUU